UGAGAGGCUGUUUUCUUUAGUUUACCUGGCUUUAAUUUUCCCAUGGCCAAUCAACUUGUCGCUUCUUCUUCCUUGCCUCCUUCAUGGAGAUAUGAUGUGUUUUUGAGUUUUAGAGGAGAGGAUACACGCACCAAUUUUACGGAUCAUUUAUACAAAGCUUUGGUUGAUAAGGGAAUCAACACCUUCAUUGAUCGCGAACUUAGAAGAGGAGAAGAAAUAUCACCAACGCUCCUCCAAGUAAUUGAAGAGUCAAGAAUUUCUCUUGUCAUAUUCUCUAGAACCUAUGCAUCUUCAAGCUGGUGCUUGGACGAGCUUGUCAAGAUUCUUCAAUGUAGAGAAUCAAAGCAACAAAUCGUUUUGCCAGUUUUUUACAAGGUGGAACCGUCCCAUGUACGAAAGCAAGAGAGUAGUUUCGGUAACGCGUUUACAGAACUUGUGAGCAAAUCCGGCAACAACAACGAGAAGGUGCCCGUGUGGAAGAGAGCUCUUACAGAAGUAGCAAAUUUGUCAGGACAUCAUGUCAAGGAGGAAGACUAUGAAGCUACAAUAAUCAGCAACAUUGUUAAGGAGAUCUUAGCCCAAGUUCUUGAUGGCACAUAUUUGAAUGCUCUCCGUGAUUAAGUUUGAGGAUUGUCUGCUCCCCGUGAUUCCCAUAUCGUCGUUUCUGUACUUAAUUACCCUCCUUAUGUUAUAUAAAUUUCAGUUUUCUUUGUAACAUAACGCUUUCCUUAGUUUCUUAUUAUGCAAUUUAGUGUGUGGUUUUCUUUUAAGUAGCAUUUAAGCAUUGAUUAGUGUUCUUGAUGGAUUGGUAAUAGCUUUUGUUUUGUAAUGUUAUCGUUGUUUAGUCUCGUUGUAUGUGAUGCGAGGAUA